AUGGCUUCGCGGCACCGCUUUCCCGCCGCGCGGCACCUCGCGUGCUUCGCGUCGUUCGCGUCGCCCACCCCCUCGCUCACCCCGCUCGUCGACCCCGCCGCCCCCGCCGCCCCCACGGCCGACGACCCCUUUCCGUGCGCCGCAGACGCGUCGCCUUACGCGUCCCCUGAUGCGUCGCCUGGCGCGGAGGGGGCUCUUAACGGAUACGCCCAUAGCGAGGAAGACAGCGCGGGGGGCCGCGCAGGGCGGGCAGGGGAGGGCGCGCGCAUGUGCGAGGACUACGUGGCGGCAUGCGCCGCUGUCAUGCGCCACACCCACGCCCACGACCACGUCCAUGCUGCGUCCGCCGCCGUAUCUGCCGCCUCCGCCGUUUCCGCCUCCUCCUCUGUCUCCUCCGUGUCCUCCGCCCCGCCUGCCUCGCCUGUCUCUCCCGCGCAGCCGUGGAUUGAGCUGGCUGCUGACACCAGCAGUGACGUCACCACGGACAUCAGCAGUGACGUCAGCGGUGAGAUACGCAGCGGCAUGAGCAUGAGCGGCACGAGGCGGCCGUUUGGGUCGCCCAUCAUCAUGACCCCUGCCUCCUCCGCUGCUGCUGCUGCUGCUGCUGCUGCUGCUGCUGCUGAAGAUUCUGCUGCUGCUGCUGCUGCUGCUGCUGUGGACCAUUACAGGGGUGCUGCAGGCGACGGUGCUGCGUGGUGGGAUGGUGGUGGGGGGGGGGAGGGCGGGGGUGAGGGGCGGGGGGUGCAGCAGUUCCAUGUGCGCACCAAGGACCUCUCUUACACGGUAGGUGGGGAGAGUGUGAGCGCGGGUAGGGUGUGGGGAGGUGAGGAGGGGCGCGUGGGGAUGGAGAGAGAGGCUGCCGCCAAUGGGCGCACGAUUCUGAACCGAGUGAGCGUGGCGGCUUAUCCCGGGCAGCUGCUCGCGCUGGCAGGGCCCUCGGGCAGCGGAAAAACGUCACUGCUGGACGCCAUUGGCUGCCGCAUCGACCCGGGCAGCUUGUCGGGGUCCAUCCUGGUGAACGGCCGCCCCAUGCCGCCCAGCUUCCGCAAGCACUCCGCCUACGUGCUGCAGGACGAUGCUCUCUUCGCCCUCCUCUCCGUGCGUGAGACUCUCGACUUCGCCGCCCGCCUGCGCCUGCCGGCCACCGUGACGCCAGCUGCGCGGCAGCAGCGAGUGCAGCAGCUGCUGCAGCAGCUGGGGCUCACCGCGUGCGCCGACACGCCCGUGGGGGACGACCGGCACCGGGGGGUGUCAGGCGGGGAGAGGCGGCGCACGUCCAUCGGGGUGGAGCUCAUUCACAACCCCGCCGUGCUGCUGCUCGAUGAACCCACCUCAGGGUUGGACAGCUCGUCGGCGCUCAAGGUGGUGCAGCUGCUGCACGACAUGGCCGUUCAGGGCGGGCGCACGGUAGUGCUGACCAUCCACCAGCCGUCGUUCCGCAUCACAGCGCUGCUGCACCGCAUGGCUCUCCUCGUGGCCGGCCAGGUCGCCUUCCACGGCGCCACGCCCGCCCUGCGCGCCCACCUCGCUGCCCUGCACCACCCCGUGCCCCCCCAUGUGAACCUCCUGGAGUUCGCCCUCGACACUCUGCCUCGCAUCACUGCUGCUGCUGCUGCUCGUGGCAAGCAGUCAGAGGCCCUCACAGACGCUCCCCCUGCCGCGCCCUCCCUGGGGGCCAACCUGAAGCACCAGCUUGGGAAGCUGCUGGCUGGGGGAAAGCAAAAGAGCCCUGCCCGCCCUUCCCACCCUGCCCGCCCUUCCCACCCUGCCCGCCCUUCCCUCCCUGCCCACCCUUCCCUCUCUGCCCACACUUCCCACCCUUCCCACCCUUCCCAUUUGGCGCUGAUUUCUUGUGCGUGCACUUGCCUUCCUCUCCGUCCCAGCCCUCCAUGCUCACCUCCCCACUGCCAGCACAGCAGGCAGCUCCUGCUUCCCCCCCACCUGUCUGUGCCCGGCACGCACUCAUGGGGGGGAUUGACCACGUGCUGCCUCUCCCCUCUCUGCCUCUCCACCAUUCCCCACCCUCGCUCCCAUCGCACGUCUCUCCCACCCACAAUCUUCCUUGCUCUCACCACCUUCUUCCCGCCCUCCCAUGCCCACUACCUGCAUGUGUGCGCAUGGCAGGUGGCGAUGGGGGUGAUCAUGGGGUCGCUGUUCCUGCACGUGGGGAGGGACAUGGCGGGGCUGCAGAGCCGCUUUGCCGUGCUCGGCUUCACCAUCGCCCUCGUCUUCUACAACUCACUUGAUGCUCUCCCCCUCUUCUACCUCGAGCGAACCAUCUUCACGCGGGAGACCUCACGAGGCGCGUACCGCACGGCGCCCUACGUGCUCGCCACCACGCUCACCACGCUGCCGCUCUUCCUCCUCCUCUCCCUCGCCCUCGCCGCGCCGCUCUACUGGAUGGUGGGCCUCGCGCCCUCCGCCUCCGCCUUCCUUGUCUUCAUCGCCACGCUGUGCCUGGCCUUUGCGCUCGCCAACGCGUUUGUGACGCUGCUGUCGGCGCUGCUGCCGUCGCACAUGGUGGCGGCCACCGUCGCCAGCAGCGCCUUCUCCUUCUUCCUCCUCUUCAGCGGCUUCUUCUUCUCCAAGUCCGCCAUACCAGCGUACUGGGUGUGGCUGUACUACGGGAGCCUCAUGCGCUACCCCAUGGAGCUGCUGCUGUGGGCCGAGUUCCACCACGGCCUCGGCCCCACCUGCUUCUCCACCUUCUCCCCCGCCGCCGGCGUCGGCUACACCGCAUCCGGCACCAACGAGGCGUGCGGGCUCACAGGUGCAGCGUAUCUGGACGCGCGGGGGUUCACAGGCUUGAGCCCGUGGCGCAACGUGGUGGUGAUUGCGGCGUUCAUUGCUGCGCUGCGCCUGGCUUUCUAUGCUGCUCUCCGCCGCCACGCCGCCUCCACCAGGAAGUGA